GGGUGGAUCGUCAUUGUGCAAAGAGUUAAUGGCGACCAGAGCUUUUAUCGAAACUGGGCAACUUACAAGUCCGGAUUUGGAAUCUACUACAGAAACUUCUGGUUGGGCUUGGAGAAGAUGCACCAGUUAACGACAUCGGCUGAUUAUAGGUUGAGACUUGAAAUUCUUAUCAGUGGUAAAUGGUACUCCGAUGAAUAUGAUCAUUUCAAGGUUUUUUUUAUUUUGCAUUUAUGUUAUAUUCCAGAAUUAAUUUGA